ACACGGAGGUUUGCGGUAAGGCUCUAAGCGAUUGUAGAACUGGACUGUCCCCCGAAACGAUAAGCAUUUCACGGUCAUCAAAUGUAUUAAACAAAAUCAACAACUUGCGACCCUCAUACAGACACACUCAGUGUGAAUAAGAUUGUCUCACCAAGGUUUAGAGACGCACGAAAUUUUGGACAUCUUACCAUUCUCAUAGGAAGGAGCGGUUCACAAACGCAGAUUCAAUAACCCCCCACUCCAUCGCGAACGACUUGACUUUAGGCGUGAAAAGAUCUACUACCGCGACCAAGUCUGGAAACAACAUCCAACAUUCUGUUGGCGCUUAUUCUUGAGUUACAAUACUCGUUUUGAAAGGGAAUUCUACAUCAGGAGCCCGCACUUUCGAAAUCAUUUCUUUCGACUUACAUCAAUAGUCUCGAUAGUAGUCUACGGCACAAGUGCAGAGCGCAAUCGCAAUCCCAUUAUCGAGAUUACCUCAUUUCGCCUUUGAUUUCCGCGGGAUUUCCCCUCCAAAGCUCUAAAAACAACGACCAUAAGCUCGAACAAAGAACUGCAUGUUCGCAUAGCUCCCUUGCCUACACAGGAAUUCAACAAAGUUUCAUAGCUAUUUUGGAAGUUCAAUCAAUUUAACCAAUAACUACUUGCGAUCUGGUUGGAUAUCCGCUGCUAAGCCUCAUUGACUUGCACUGCCACCGUGCCUGUAAGGCUCACUGCUAUACUCGACAACCUCGCAGCAUUUUGAUAUUUUUAGAAGAGGAGCAAACAAACCUUCAGCAUGGAUUCGCAACGUGGAAGAUCUCCAUCUGGAGGUCACCAACAUAUAAGAAAUCAUUCUCCUUCUCCACAUGCCUUCCAAGAUGGUAUGAAUGGAUUAGGCAUUGCUUUGGAUCCUUCGAGUAUCAACCACCACCAACAGUUUCAGAAUAACUUUAAUACCCAAAACACAACACUCCCUACAUAUGUUGAUAACAACGAAUUUUUGAAUCCAACUCAACAAUUUACUCAAAGUGGGCUCGGUGAUGCCAAUUUUGCACCAAGCCAAGCACAGGACUAUUCUCAAUUUAAACAAGAAGAUCAAUCAUCAUUUGCUCCCCCGCAGCGAAGUUUUACCCAAGAGCUUUUAAGUGCCAAUUUUGACGGAGACUUCUCAUUGUAUCCCAAUGGUGGACAAAACGAGCAAUUUGACCAGUCCUAUUUUAUGAAUGAGCUUGCGCCUCAAUCUGGAAAUCCAUCCAUCAAUCCUGCAGAAUUGUCCAUGUCACCCCCCGCGCAUACACCAACACCACCAAACUUGUUGCAACCUGAUAUCCGAUCACCAGCUUCUGCCCACCAAUCUCCUUCUUUUAAUCAAGGUCCCUUUCAACCAUCACCAGGCCAUUCACGAAACGCAUCGCUUGGUCCAGAGAGUGCAGCUUUUCCUUUAGUACAUAAUCCUGGUGACUGGAGUAUGAUGCCCCCGCAAUUCACAGGCCAUCGCAGAACUCCAUCGGAAUACUCUGAUAUCUCUUCCGCCGCCCACUCCCCUAACCUAGGUCACCACGAUAGCUUUGAAGGAAUAGACCAACAGCACUCACCGAUGCAACAUCCUCAAGAUUCAAUUUAUCAGGACGUUCUCGCAAUCGGCUCCUUCUCUUUGACUGAUCCAAGUCCUCACGCCGGAAUUAGUCCUGCUCAUAGUCCUGCAAUCUCACCUAGACUCGGACCUCAGCAAAUACCAAAUAUGGAUCAACAAAAUGCAUUCAUGCUAAAUGCGAAUAAUGGUUUUCCCUCCCAAAACAUUUACAAUCAAGGCCAAGAAUCGUUUCCACAAAUGCAACACAACAGUUCUCUAGACAUGGGCCAGGCGCAACAGAUGGUACCCCCUGAGAUCAACGUCGAGUUUGCCCCAGCAUCAAGACAGAACAGUUUCGACCCUCCCAAAUCAGCUCUUGAUCAAGACGCAUUAACUCCACCUGACCGAGGUCGUCGUAGGAGAGCUGUCUCGGAUCCAUAUAAUAGCCCGCGUCCUCACAGUCCUUCAAACGCCUCUCCUUUGAUGAGAACUUCUCUGUCUCCAUUAGGUCAUGACUCAUCGGCAUCGCGCUCAUUAUCGCCAAAUGAUCGAUCUGGGGCAACUUCGCCUGGCCGACGUCGACAGUCUACAUCGUCAUUACCAAAUCGAGAUUAUAUUCUUGGUCUUGCAGAUCCUGAUUACCAAGCUGUAUCAUCCGAUAAUGGCAGUGCAAAGCGAGUUCAAAAACACCCGGCAACAUUCCAAUGUACCCUUUGUCCAAAGCGUUUCACAAGGGCCUACAAUCUCCGCUCCCAUUUGCGUACACAUACUGAUGAGCGACCAUUCGUUUGUACAGUUUGUGGCAAAGCUUUUGCACGUCAACAUGACCGGAAGCGUCACGAGGGCCUUCACUCUGGAGAGAAAAAAUUCGUUUGUAAAGGCGAGCUUAAGCAACACGGCCAAUGGGGAUGUGGUCGCCGCUUUGCUAGAGCUGAUGCAUUGGGUCGGCAUUUUAGAUCUGAGGCUGGCAGAAUCUGUAUUAAACCUUUAUUAGAUGAAGAGGCUCUUGAGAGACAAAGAUUGUGGCAAGAGCAAAGGAUGCAAAACAUGCACAUGCAACAGCAACCUAUGGGUCAAGAUGCUAAUGGCUUCGCCGUCGACUCGAGUGGAAAUUACGGCUUACCUGCUGCACUUCUCGCACAAUACCCUGCGCUUGCCAACUUAAGCUGGUCAGAGAUUCCUCAAGGUGACAACAAUAUCGAUGAUGAUCAUAGUGGCAGAAGCAGUUUCGAUGCCAGCGGCUCUGAGUAUUAUGAUGAGGGUGACGAUGGAGGAUACCUUUCUAGUGGCCCCGGUCCACAACAUGUUUACCCUCAACCUCAAAUGACGGACGCAUACAAUACUGGCUACUCGAGUGAUAUGAGUGGUCGAUAGACUCUUUGUCAUGGUAAUCAGCACCAAGCAUAUAUGCAUUGAUUUCCUUUUGUUUCUUCACGGCUGUCAAAUUCUAGAGGGGGCGGGGACUUUUAGGUAUUGAUGAGUCUUUUUCAUUUGGCGCUUUAGAUACCACGAAUUCUGUUUCUGUUGGGUUUUAUGUCAUGGCUUCUGCGGUGAGCGGCAGUCGCUUCGUUUGUCAUCUUGGUGGAGUUUUCUUUUGAUUUUGAGGGGGUUGAGAUGAUUCAGAUAGUUGAUUCGAUUCUGUGAGGGUUCCAGGGAACGAAUCUAGAAAUGAUACACUGUUAAAUUCAUGCAUAAUGAUCGU